UUUCUCAUUCAUCGUCGAUCAGUGUAGGUGAGAAAUACGCGGCCAUGUCGUCUCUCCCCGCCCCCCCAUCCAAAACGCAAAGUGCCUCCCUCUCCUGCAUUGCAUUGCAAUGCAUUCAUCAAACUGUCAGUCAGGGCAAUGCAUUCAUAUCAUUGAGCCACGUAUAUCAUCUUCCUGUCUACACCGCACGCCACGCAAACAACACCUCAGAGAGACAGGACACGAGAAGCCAUCUUAGAUAUCUAUCGACAGACAUCCCUCACAUCCCUCACAAAAUCGAAGCUGUCUACUCACAUACACAGACACAGACAGCCAGUCGCUGUCAUGCCACUGGCACUUGUGCGGGCAUGGGCAGGGCCUCCCGCUUCUUGUGCCGCUCCAGCAGCACGUUGGACAGCACCGAGUCGAUUACGAUCUGCCCCAGCUGGCCGAGGAUCAUACCGAUGAUCAGCAUACCCUUGCUCCCUGCCGAGGGCGGCAGCACCUCCAGCACGGUGAUGCCCACAAUGAGGGCCUUCCCUGAGCAGGACAGCACCAGGGUACGCGCAACAUCUACACGCAAACACACAUACAGAUAGAGAGAGAGACACACUGGUCAGUCAAUUCACAUGGUCGCAAACGGCAAAGCUGUCGUGGCUCUUAUCUUACAUCCCGGGAAGCGGAACAGGAGACACACAGCAGCGUUGAGCAGUAGGUACACCACGUGCAGCCCCACACCCAGGCAGGCAGCUGCAAUCAGCACGUCAGCCGUCAGGCGGUCAAGCUGCAGGCACGCAAAACACCCACACACAAAUGCAGCACCCAUCGACGGCCCAAUGCCAUCCUUCUCAGCACCUUGUCCGCUGUCCGACUGACGUUGAGCCACACGAGCACCAGCACCACCACACUCGGGGUCGGCCGAAACGCCUUGCUCUGGAAGAACGGCUUGACUCGCGGGAUGUAGCUGACCGCCUUGCCGACCACCAUUGGCACCAGCCGCAGGUACAGGAGGGCCAGGAAAAUAUUGAGGGGGUCAAUCUUGACCGCCACAUCGUGUUGUAGGCGCGUGCUGCCCGGGUCCUCGGCUUGCUCCAGGCGAAAGAGCAGCGGCACGGAUAUGGGCAGCGUGAAGGAGACGAGCAGUGAGCAGACGGUAGAUAUCAUGAUGCCCAAGGCGACGUUGCCUUUGGCCGUCCUCGUGAAGAUGAUGGAUGUGGUGAAGUUGUUGGGCGUCAAGGUGAAGAGGCCGACCCCCAUGACGAGCCCCACUGGCCGCAAGGGAAUGAGCACCACUGCAAAGCCGAGCAGCGGCGUGAUGACGAGCACGGAAACGAUGCCGUAGAGCGAUGCCUUCCAAUUCUUGAGGCCGUCCCAUACCUCCCCCAACUUGAGGUUCAGACCAUUCUGCACACACACGCAGUGCAUCAAGAAUGGACUGGAUGGACGGGCUCCUGGUUGCCUGAAAGAGCUUACGAGGAAGAAGACUGUGACGAUGCAUAGAUCGAAGAUCAAAUUGGGGGGAACUUUGCUGCCCGCUCCCCCGUCCAGCCAGAUGCCCGGCUCAGGGACGAAGCACGAGAAGACAAUCACCGCCACGAGACCAAUCGCCAAAUGGUUGGCAAUCAUAACACGCCAGCACCUGGCCGCAAUCCUCUUGGCCGCAUAGCGGUCGAAGCAGGGGCCUUGCAGCCACUGAAGUGUCGGUGGCCGCUGCGCCAGAUCUCUCUGUGGCGCCGCCGUCGCGUUGUCAGCGUGUUCUGCCGUGGCUGCACCCCCCUGUGGGGGAGGGGCUGUUGACGCGUGAACGGGCGGCUUGCUUGGGGCGAUGCUCUGCUUGCGUGUUGCGCUGCGCUCUUCAGUGGCCGAUGAGUGCUGAUCUGGCGGCUUGACCUCAGUCUCCAUCCCACUGCUGCGAGAUCAGCGUCAAAUCGAUUUGGGUGCCUGCCGCGUACGUUUCCGCCUCCAUUUUCCCUCUUCCC